CACCGAACGCCUUCUGUUUCAUUCACAACGCGUUCUCGUCCUCCGUGAACGUAUAAGCGAGAGAAGAUUCCUUUCUUUUCGCCUCGCCGCUCGUUCCUGCGUCCCCCUCGCCCUUCGCACCACCUUCGAACCAAAACGCCAAGAAGGAAGGAAGGAACAAACGAGCGAAACCCUAGCUUUCUCCUCCUCGAUUUUCUUUCUUUCUUUCUUUUUCCCCCUCCCAAUUCUCUGCUCGAUCUGUUCCGUUGGCUUCAGCUGCUGUUGAUGCCCGGGGCUUCUUGAUCUCGUGGUGAGGAUCUGUUAGCACCCCGUUCCGUUCCCAGGAAUACUCUAGGGUUCUUCCGAGCAGAAGCUUUCUGUUCAUUGUGUUCCUUAGCAUCAUAUUUUAACAUGAAGAAUAGUUGGUUGUUUCUUACAAAUCUGGAUGUUGAUGGUGAAUGCCCAUACAUCUUUCCGACAGAGUUCCAAUUAUCUGAAGGCUUUGGGCUAUUGUCACAGUUUGGUUCACUGGUGGACAGUUCUUUUCAUCGUUCCAACCAAAUUUAUGUUUCUGGAAGUUUAGCCCUUCAAGAAGCAUUUAGUUGCAUUUCCAAGUUUUCUGGAGCAUUAUUUGUCUGGCUUUCUACUGGGUCAAAUUCCAAUUUACUUCGUAAACUGUCGGGCAAUGCACAUGGCUCAAAUUCUAUAUUUAGCCAGUCCUGUACACAAAUUAAACAUUUUACUUCUUCUAGUCAGAACCUUGCCCGGUUGCAUUCUGGUUCUGGGUCAAAUAAUGAAUUUGCUAUACCAGUACUCCUUGCGAAGUUUGUGAAUUCCACCAUAGGACGCAUGUGGAAGGAAGUUGAGCAGCACCAUGCUUGCUCUGUUUUAUCAUUAGCUGCAGCUCUUAUACCACCAUUUGGCAAUAUAAGAUCCUCAAAGGUACUAUCUGAGUCCAUUCCGCUGGAAAACACUGAUGAACGGAUCAAUGGAUUUAUGGAUCGAUCAUGCAAUGAGGAUGACUAUCGAGGCUGCUCUAGUCUUUCUAUGUCGAACAUAACCUGGAAAAGAGGUGCAGUUGAACCAAAAACUGGCAUCAAGUUCCCCACAUUUUUGGAAGAUAAUUCCAAUCCGACUACUGAGGUGCUUAUAGGGACUGGCUCCAGAAGCGUGAGAAUAAUAAAGCUAAAGUCUAUGAAUGUAUAUGCAUUUGGUUUAUAUAUCCAACCUGAUUCAGUUUGUGAGAAACUGGGUCCAAAGUAUUCUUCUGUGCCUGUCGGCGAACUGCAGAAUCGCACAGAGUUUUUUGAAGAUCUUCUCAGGGAGGAUAUCCAUAUGACUGUUAGGCUGGUUGUUAAUUGCAACGGACUCAAAAUUAAUACCGUGCGGCAUGCUUUUGAGAAAUCCCUUCGCACACGUUUGCUAAAGAUGAAUCCUGAUACAGAUUGUCAUUGCCUGAGAGCGUUUGGUUCUUAUUUCACACAAGAUAUUCCACUACCUAUGGGUACAACAAUUAAUUUUAGACAAACAGCAGAUGGUCGGCUGAUAACAGAAAUUGGUGAUAAACAUAUUGGUUCCGUCCACAGCAAAGAUCUGUGUAGAGCCUUCUUCGACAUGUACGUUGGUGAUGUACCUGUAUCCGUGCAGGCCAAACAGGAGAUUGCUCAAAAUGUUGCAGACCUUAUAAGAAGAUGUUAAGGCAAGGAAUUGGAUUUGGAAAAGAAAAUUGGGCUAAUGAGAUCAUUUGAUUCUGCUGUACAAAUAUUGAUCGGCUAGAAUAGAGCAGCCAGAUAAAAGAGAUGAAAAUCAUAUAGAGAGACAAGGUGCUUGACUUGCAAAGACAAAGCAGCAAUGUAUUACAGGCAAAAGUGGGGAGGGUUUAAAUUUUUUUUUUUUUUAAAUUUUUUUUGUCUUCAUAGUUUUCAUUUGAUAGUCUUCACUUAAUGUUGCUACGUAUGAAGUAACAUUUUGAUUCAACGAGAGAUUAUCAUUGAGAUUGAGGGGAGGGUAAUUUUACCUCAGUGGGUUAUUUUUCUUUUUCUUCUUUUCUUUUCCAGUUGCAAUCAUGUAGAAUGGAAUUAGAAUAUGUUGUUGGAUGCAAAUCUUUUUAGCUGGGGUGGUUCAAACACUCAUUAUGC